UUCCCUUCUCCUCCCGUCUCUUCCCCAACUCUCCCCACCCCUCGCGCUCUCCGCCCCGCUUGCCUCCUGUCCUUCCCCGCCCGCUCCAUCCGGGUCGCUGACGGCUGUCUCUGGACUGGACAGCGGUGGCUGCUGCUUUUCUCUAGGUACCUGGUAAAGUUUCACAGGAGCUGGGGAGGGGAGCAGCGGAGCAGCAGAGCAGCGGCACCGACGCCGGAGGAACCCUGGUGUUCGCAGCCACUGGCAGAAGAAGGAGGGUUCAGGAGCUGGAGACCUGCCUCAGCUGCCGCGCUGCCUUGCUCUCUGGGGAGGCGCCGCCCCCCCGUCGCCCUGGGCUUCCCCUACCUGGAGAGGCUGGACAUAGGUAUACCUCCAAAUUUCCAGUGUUUCAGAAGGAAGUUUUUUAUUGAAACUGGAAGACCAAAAGAAUUACAAACAUGUUGUGCUGGGGAAAUGCAUCUUUUGGACAGCUAGGUUUGGGUGGAAUUGAUGAAGAAAUUGUACUAGAGCCCAGAAAAAGUGACUUUUUUAUAAAUAAAAAGGUCCGAGAUGUGGGAUGUGGACUCAGACAUACAGUAUUUGUUCUGGAUGAUGGAACAGUGUACACAUGUGGAUGUAAUGAUCUAGGACAGCUAGGUCAUGAAAAAUCCAGAAAGAAACCAGGACCCUACAUCUGAGGAAUUUCAAGAGCAUUACACAAUAACUCAUGGUUCCUUUCAAAAUGCUUGUGACACAAUUUGCAAGAAUUAUCCUCAUCUUAGGGGAUAAAUUUACGGAGAAAUGGCAGCACAAGUUGAGCAGGUUGUUGCCCUGGAUGCCCAAAAUAUCGUAGCUGUUUCAUGUGGAGAAGCUCAUACAUUAGCACUAAAUGACAAGGGCCAGGUGUAUGCGUGGGGUCUCGAUUCUGAUGGACAGCUUGGCCUGCUAGGAUCAGAGGAAUGUAUCAGAGUACCCAGAAAUAUUAAAAGUUUGUCAGAUAUCCAGAUAGUACAGGUUGCUUGCGGUUACUAUCAUUCACUUGCACUUUCUAAAGCAAGUGAAGUCUUCUGUUGGGGACAAAAUAAAUAUGGCCAAUUGGGUUUAGGCAUUGACUGUAAAAAGCAAGCUUCACCACAGCUGAUUAAGUCUUUGCUUGGAAUCCCUUUCAUGCAAGUUGCAGCAGGAGGAGCCCAUAGUUUUGUACUCACCCUUUCUGGAGCUAUUUUUGGAUGGGGACGCAACAAAUUUGGUCAACUAGGUCUUAAUGAUGAAAAUGAUAGGUAUGUUCCUAAUUUACUAAAGUCACUAAGAACUCAGAAAAUAGUUUAUAUUUGUUGUGGAGAAGAUCAUACUGCUGCACUAACCAAGGAAGGUGGAGUGUUUACUUUUGGAGCUGGAGGGUAUGGUCAGUUGGGUCAUAACUCUACCAGUCAUGAAAUAAACCCAAGGAAAGUUUUUGAACUUAUGGGAAGCAUUGUCACUCAGAUUGCUUGUGGAAGGCAGCACACUUCUGCUUUUGUUCCUUCAUCAGGACGAAUUUAUUCUUUUGGACUUGGUGGUAAUGGGCAGCUAGGAACUGGUUCAACAAGCAACAGGAAAAGUCCUUUCACUGUGAAAGGAAAUUGGUUCCCUUAUAAUGGGCAGUGUCCACCAGAUACUGAUUCUGAAGAAUAUUUCUGUGUGAAAAGAAUUUUCUCAGGGGGAGAUCAAAGCUUUUCACAUUAUUCUAAUCGCCAGAACUGUGGACCACCAGAUGACUUUAGAUGUCCUGAUCCUUCGAAGCAGAUCUGGACUGUGAAUGAAGCUCUAAUUCAAAAAUGGCUGAGCUACCCCUCUGGAAGGUUGCCUGUGGAGAUAGCCAAUGAAAUAGACGGAACGUUUUCUUCCUCUGGUUGUCUAAAUGGAAGCUUUCUAGCUGUUAGCAAUGAUGAUCACUAUAGAACAGGCACCAGAUUUUCAGGGGUUGAUAUGAAUGCUGCUAGGCUUUUAUUCCACAAACUUAUACAACCUGAUCAUCCUCAGAUAUCUCAGCAGGUGGCAGCUAGUUUGGAAAAGAAUCUUAUUCCUAAACUGACUAGCUCCUUACCUGAUGUUGAAGCAUUGAGAUUUUAUCUUACUCUACCAGAAUGCCCCCUGAUGAGUGAUUCCAACAAUUUCACAACAAUAGCAAUUCCCUUUGGUACAGCUCUUGUGAACCUAGAAAAGGCACCAUUGAAAGUACUUGAAAACUGGUGGUCAGUACUUGAACCUCCACUAUUCCUCAAGAUUGUAGAACUUUUUAAGGAAGUUGUGGUACAUCUUUUGAAACUCUACAAGAUCGGCAUUCCCCCUUCUGAAAGAAGAAUUUUCAACAAUUUUCUUCAUACUGCAUUAAAGGUUUUAGAAAUAUUGCAUAGGGUAAAUGAGAAAUCGGGACAGAUUAUACAGUAUGAUAAAUUUUAUAUACAUGAAGUACAAGAAUUGAUAGACAUAAGGAAUGAUUAUAUCAACUGGGUCCAACAGCAGGCCUAUGGAAUGUUGGCAGAUAUCCCUGUUACAAUCUGCACAUAUCCAUUUGUAUUUGAUGCCCAAGCAAAAACUACUCUGUUACAGACAGAUGCAGUGUUACAGAUGCAGAUGGCUAUUGACCAGGCCCACAGACAGAAUGUCUCCUCUCUUUUUCUCCCAGUAAUUGAAUCUGUGAAUCCCUGCUUAAUUCUAGUGGUACGUAGAGAAAAUAUUGUAGGAGAUGCAAUGGAAGUCCUUAGGAAAACAAAGAAUAUAGACUACAAAAAGCCACUCAAGGUUAUAUUUGUUGGAGAAGAUGCUGUUGAUGCAGGAGGAGUACGCAAAGAAUUUUUCUUGCUCAUCAUGAGAGAAUUGUUGGAUCCUAAAUAUGGCAUGUUUAGGUAUUACGAAGAUUCCAGGCUCAUUUGGUUUUCUGAUAAGACAUUUGAAGACAGUGAUUUAUUCCAUUUGAUUGGUGUUAUCUGUGGAUUAGCAAUUUAUAAUUUUACUAUUGUGGACCUCCAUUUUCCUUUGGCUUUGUAUAAAAAACUGCUAAAAAAGAAGCCAUCCUUGGAUGAUUUGAAGGAACUAGUACCUGAUGUUGGAAGAAGCAUGCAACAGUUACUGGAUUAUCCAGAAGAUGAUGUUGAGGAAACAUUUUGUCUUAAUUUUACGAUCACAGUUGAAAACUUUGGUGCAACAGAAGUGAAAGAGCUGGUUCUAAAUGGUGCAGACACAGCUGUUAACAAACAAAAUCGGCAGGAAUUUGUUGAUGCUUAUGUGGAUUACAUAUUCAAUAAAUCAGUGGCUUCCUUGUUUGAUGCUUUUCAUGCGGGCUUUCAUAAGGUCUGUGGAGGAAAGGUCCUUCAACUCUUCCAGCCAAAUGAACUACAAGCAAUGGUUAUUGGAAAUACAAAUUAUGAUUGGAAGGAACUGGAAAAGAAUACAGAAUACAAAGGGGAAUAUUGGGCAGAACAUCCAACGAUAAAAAUUUUUUGGGAAGUAUUUCAUGAAUUACCAUUGGAAAAGAAAAAACAAUUUCUGUUAUUUUUGACAGGUAGUGAUCGCAUUCCUAUUCUUGGUAUGAAGAGUCUAAAACUAGUCAUCCAGUCAACAGGAGGUGGCGAGGAAUAUCUUCCAGUUUCCCAUACCUGUUUUAAUCUUCUGGAUCUUCCAAAAUACAAAGAUAAAGAAACUCUGCGCUCUAAACUGAUUCAAGCAAUUGAUCAUAAUGAAGGCUUCAGUUUAAUAUAACUUUGGAAAUAAUAACUAAUCAGUUAGUUUACUGCAAAAGCAUUAAACUAUUUGUGUUUUUCUUGUGGUGAUGAAUUCAGCAAGGUGACAGAGGUACUAUUAUAAUUCUUACUUGCAAAAUGUUCAAUGCUAUGAGUAUUCAUGAAAGCCAAAAAAUAUUAAUGGAAAGUGAACAAACUGUGUUAAUAUUAAACUUAUUGUACAGAACCAUGGAUUUUUUUUUGCUAUCUUCCAAUAAACAUACAAGUAUUGUGAAUACAUUAAAGUUUUACUAACAUGAAUUUUAAGAGUUUGCAUAUUUCACAAAUAAUCUGGGUGUGAGUGCAUGGAAAUGUUGCUUAAUUUUCAAUCACUGAGUGAAAAACCUUUAUCUUUGGCCUGCAAUAGUCAUUCGAUUAUUUUUUCAUUUUGUAAAUAAUGUUAAGUUUUGUAAUAAAAUAGUUAUGUUCUGAUACCAGUACAGUUUCUAUGGUUGUAAUUGAACUGAGCUAAAAGGAUUAACAAUUAUGUAAAAGCAAAAAAUUAGCAUGAUGAAACAUAAUCUUUGCUUUUUUACUAGAAUAAAUAUCCUUGUGCAAAUCUAAAUUAACAGAUAGGAGUUACUUAAAUAACUUGUAGUUCUUUCCUUUUGUGAACCUGGAGAUGCUACUGAUAAAUGGGAGGUUAUCAGAAAGCUUAAUAUUUGGUACUAGAAGAACUGUGUCCUACAGCGGCCAGCAAUAGAGACUGGCUACUGAGAACCAGCCACUGGCUUAUAGCUUCCAGAACUACUGAUGCUGCAGGUUGGUAUUUAGUCAGAAUUUUCAAUGCUUUAGAACUAUUUCCUUGAAUUUUUAGAAACAAAUCUUAACAAUUUUUAUGGUGCUGAUGCUUAGUUAUCUCCUGUGAUUAACUGUAACAGUGAGUUGAUGCAACCCAUGUGACUUUCUGCUAUAAUGCAAAUAUUUAUUUUUUAAAUUUAUUUUUUAAGCCGUGAAAAUUGUUUAAGUAAUAAAGAUUUAUUGGUUUAA